AUAUAAGGUGGACGACUAAUGUAUGUUUAUAAGCCGACAUAACUCAAUUCAUAUAAUGACAAUUAAAAAUCGUCAGUGUAAGACUAGCUACCACGUCGAUAAUGGGACUCCACGAACCUCUAUUGCACUCAUUUUCAAAUUUUCUUUCCCUAUAUAAACACAAAGCUCCAAUCAUAUUCAAACCAUCAGAAAACAUUUUCUUUUCAACAACGACCACAGAGAAAAGAAACAUGGCGGCUUUUGCGACCAAACAGUCUAUGCUGUUGUUGUCGUUGUCUCUUCUGCUCUUGAUAGGCGUAUCCACCGGAAGUUUCUACGACAACUUCGAUAUCACAUGGGGUAAUGGCCGUGCCAACAUAUUUGAGUCAGGACAACUCUUGACUUGCACUCUCGACAAGAUCUCCGGUUCAGGUUUCCAGUCCAAGAAAGAGUAUCUAUUCGGAAAGAUCGAUAUGAAGAUGAAACUUGUCGCUGGAAACUCAGCCGGAACAGUCACUGCUUACUAUACUACGUACGUAAAAAUCAACAUAUAUCUCCUUUUUACGUUUAAAUUUUGUGGCAUUGGCUGUAUGAUUUUGAAUCUGACGUUAAGAAUGUUUUCACAGCUUUCCUCUAAAGGCGAGACAUGGGAUGAGAUCGACUUCGAGUUCUUGGGUAAUGUUACUGGACAGCCCUAUGUUCUCCAUACAAAUGUGUUCACAGGAGGUAAAGGUAACCGUGAAAUGCAGUUCUAUCUCUGGUUCGAUCCAACGGCGGAUUUCCACACUUACACCGUCCUUUGGAACCCUCUCAACAUCAUCUUUCUAGUGGACGGUAUCCCAAUCAGGGUGUUCAAGAACAAUGAGGCUCACGAUGUGGCUUACCCGAAGAGCCAGCCGAUGAAGAUCUACUCAAGUCUAUGGGAAGCUGAUGAUUGGGCAACUCAGGGUGGUCGAGUCAAGACUGAUUGGACUAACGCUCCAUUCAGCGCUUCUUACAGGAGUUUCAAUGAUGUGGACUGCUGUAGCAGGACUUCAGUAUGGAAUUGGGUUACGUGCAAUGCGAAUAGCAACUCGUGGAUGUGGACAACACUUAACUCCAAUCAGCUUGGACAGAUGAAGUGGGUACAAGAUGACUACAUGAUCUAUAACUAUUGUAAUGAUUUGAAGAGGUUCCCUCAAGGUCUACCCACGGAAUGCAACCUCGGCUGAUAUAUCUUGUUAACGGGAAAAUUCAAGAACUUGGUGCAGUUUCUUUCUUUUUAAUUUAACUUCAUGAUUCUUUUAUUUGAUUUGGUUAUUCUUUUCAGUUUCUAAGAUUUGCUUCCCAUAUUGAGUAAUUGUCUAAUUUUUGGGUCAUCAACUCAUCAUCUGUUAUAAUUUGAUUACACUGUUGAUUUUUCAUAUCUUAAAACAUUAAUAAUAUUUGAUUCAACCCUAGCUAGAGCAAGUGGGCUUUUUGACACAUAAAUAAGCCCAUAAUCAAACUUAAACCUGGAUUAACUACGUCACUUGAUAAUUCAACUACAUGUAUAAAAUCCUUUUAAACUCACAUGCAUAACAUAUAUAAUUCUGACGUCUGAUUGAUCGUAAAUCAGAACAUAAUCAUUGUAGUUGAACUAGUCUAACUCAUAUCCCAUGCAUCUGUCUCGCUCUUAUAAUAUAUGUUGAAAAACUAUCAUGGUAUAUCUUAUAAAAAAGACUUAGAUUGAUACGACACUUUUGGAUCCGCAUAUUAAUUCAUUACGUCUAAAACUCUUACUCGGUAUUUAUAGAACAAGCAAAACAAAACGAAGAUCGAUAAAAAUGAGAUGAUAACAAAGCGAGUUCCACUAGAAAAAGCUUGUUGUUCUCUUGUAAAUGAUGGACAAGAUUGGUAACUAAUAAAGUUUAGAAGGUUGCAUUCGUGUUUGGACGAUAACACUCAUCUCUUAAACAUCUCUUCAAUCACAUGUCAACAAAAGCUAUCAAGAUUCAAUGUAUCGAUUUAGACGUGAAAGAGAUGAUUAGUAUUUUAACAAUGAAACGGUUUGAAACUAUUUUAUUUGUUGACCCUGCAAAAAGGUUAUUAUAAAUUAUAAGAAAUGGAAGACGAUAACUUCAAAUUAUAACCCAAAUCGGGAAAUAAAAUCUAUGUUUUUUGUUACUCGGUCUUAGAUUUCUUUCCAGUAAAAAGAUUGAACUCCGGAAAAUUCACUGUCCACAGAUUUGUAAACCCAUGAUUAAUCGGAGGUUUCAAAAAAAUUGUAUACAUGAUAGUACCAAACUUAUUCGUAAAACAAGUUGAAUUAUGUUUCCAACACUUAGUAUACGUGCUUCACAAUAAAUUUUGCUUUUAGACAAAACAAUAUGGUUUUUAGACUUUACAUACAAAUAAAGAUGAGACUUAAUAGUUUUUUUUACUAAGCUAUUACAAGAAACCUAAUAGUUACAACAAUAGUGUUAAAUUAUGCAACUGAAACAUCUUCUAAUUAGUUGUUUUUCCGUUUCCAGUUAUUAGAUGUUCUAAACUUUUCAUUCAUAUUAUCAUGAAACUUUAACAAUAACCAUCUUAACCUUGUUUCUUAAAUGUUAUUUAAAUUCUAUCUUUAAUUAAUGUAGAGUAAAUUAAUAAA